CGCUGAAUUGGUGAUGCUGUGGGCAAGGAAGGGCUCAGGGCAGCUUUUUCUCACAUUUCUCACUCCUCUCCAUCUACUCCUCCCAGUCUAUCGGGGUGUGGCGUUCAGUAACCCUCAGUGAAGUGGAAAAAUGGUGUAAGGUGGCCCUGCGAAGGCGUGAUCCUAUCCAAACACGAGGAAAAUGGCCAGAGCACUAGGGGUCUGAGAGGAAUACAUCUAUAGAGGGAAGGAGGACCACAGGAGAGUACAGACUGGAGAAAAGAUAAUAAGAGGAACAUUUUAGACCAAAGUGGGAGUGAGCGUGUUAGUGCUGAGUAGUGGAGUGUUUUUGUGAGUGUGUGGAUGGGUGGCGGUGGCGACGGAAAGGGCGGCUGUGGUUUGGAGAGAAUCUUGUGGUGAUGGGGCCCUCCACCUCCACCACGACCAUGCCAGGAAGAACCGCCGAGCCGCAGCGUAGAUGAGGCCAGAGUGGGAUGGGCGUGAGAGUGUCAUGGUGGGCCGUGGGUGUGGUGGUGGUGGUGGGCGCCUAGCACCGCCCUCCACCCCCCGCCCAGGCUGCCGUCCGGCCCCCCCACGCCGCGCCCGCCCCCCGCCGCCCGCCCUGCGAGUGCCAUGGUGCAGGCCAACGAGGAAGUGAUGUGCGACUCUCGCCCCUCCACCAGCGGCUCGGGUCCCUACGUGCACAGCAAGGCGUCGGCCCUCAACUCUAGGUGGCCGGGGGGCGCUCGACCAAAGAUCUUCAACCACAGGUCCUUCAGUUCGGGCUCCAGACCCUCCGUGCUCUCAAGGGCGUCGGGCUCCCUCCGCUCCGUGUCCCGGCCUGGCUCCCGCGCCGGCUCAGGCCUUGGCUCCCGCGGUUCGCUGCUCUCCGGUUCGGUGGGCACAGCGGAGGAGGUGGGUUCAGGGGUGUCUCGCCUGCGUCGGGAGCUUCCCUCCAUCUCGGAUAUCUGCGGCUACGACGAGGUACAGGAGCUGCUGCGGGACAUCGAGCAGCUGGAGUGUCGCCGCUGGACCUCCGACUGGGACUCCUUCACCAUCCAGUCGUCGCACGCUGACCUCGACUUCCCGCACGACCGAGACUUCUUCCCGCCGGACCUCGACACCCUCUCCCGCUGCGACUCCCGCCUCUCCUGGGAUUCCCACGCCGGCCGCCACCCUGACGACGAGGACGACGACCCCCAUCCGAGCCCCGACUACUCCCCCGAGCCCCAGAGACGCCGCCCCACGCCCACCGUCACCCUCGCCUGGGACGACUCGCACCUCAAAACUUCCGUCGGGAUAUUCAGACUGCUACUGGUGGUGGUGUCUGUGAUCACUAUGACGUGCGCGUGUACGGUGGGCACGGCACGACUCAGCAUCUUCGUCCUCCCAGGGGCGUGGCGGCUGCGAGUGGUGGUUUUCACAGCAGUCUUCACCAUCCUCACCACCACCAUCCUCCUCCUCCUCCACCUGUCCUCCCUCGUCCACUCUCUCACGCUCCGCUGGGACAAGUUGGUAACGGUGAUCUACGUGGCGGUGUGCGUGUGUUACUUGGUGUCCGCGUCUCUGCUGCUGCACCUCCUUCACCUGUACCACACCACCUACCCCUGGAUCCCCGCCUGGACGAAACAGCAGCUUCUCACCACCUCGCUGUGUGGCUGUGCAUGCGGGGUGGUGUCCCUGGUGCUGGCGGUGAUCUCGGGGUGUGGCUGGCCGCGCUACGGCCGGGUGCUCAGCGAAGGCUCCACCACGGACACCACGUCCUCCCACCACCUCCACACGCUCCACCAUAUUAACCCCCACGCGCUGGCGGGGCCCGUGGCCGGCGCGCUACCCACCCGGGGGCCGCGGCAGGGCUCGGGCACCUCGCUGGGCACGGGCGGCGGGGGGCAGGGGCCGCACGCCACCACCGCCUUCACGCCGGACAGCCUCAAUGAACCCCAGCCGGGCCCCUCCAAAGCCCUGCCGCACAACCACACGCCGGCCCGCCCCCAGGCCCUGCACGGCCUCACGCACCACCACGGGGUGUAGCGGGUGGUGUGUGCGUGUGCGUGUGCGUGCGUGUGUGUAUGUGUGUGUGCAGCGUGGCGGAGACCCGCGCCGGACAGCGGGGCCGCCCGGCAAUAUGCACGUUGCCCUGUGAUAGCGGCCACGGCCCUGAGGGAGAACGUUGCUUGUUGUUUUUCCAAGUUUUUAGAUGAACUUUGAGACUGGAGAUGUUAUCGCCCUUUUAAAUGAAUCUUGAUACAGAGAACUUUAACCUGUGUACAUAGCUAGACGACUAGUUUUUUAGGAUACUGUUUUUAUUAUUCCUAGGCCAUAAUGCUUCAUUUUUUACUAGUUGACUCCAUUUCUUCCAUGCAAAUAUUUAGAGCAUUGAGUGCCGCCAUCUUGUGACUUGGACUGCACGGUGUGUCGCUGUGUCGGCCAGCCAGCCUGGAAGCAAGACAUAUCCCCCUCACCCCACCACCACAUCCCACCCCACCACCCGCAUCACCCCGCGCCCCCACUCACCCCUCAUCACCCCUCCAGCCUUCAUCCACACUCGUCACGUUUGUACUCACACUUUUAUAUUAUAUUGUUGUUGGAUUCGCGGUUCACGAUACGUUGGUUGGGCUGUCGCCGCGUGGGCCUCAGGGCGGGAUGGGGGUCGGCGCCUCGCGGGACUGGGAUGCCGCAGGGACGGUUUGGGGAACCCUGGGGGCGUUAGACAGCCUGGGAAUCCCCCUUAGGGAUACCUUGUGGACAUGCCUCGCUCUCCUGAGAGAGAGAGAAAGAGUGUGUGUGUGUGUGUGUGUGUGUGUGUGUGUUAGACAGACAAACUGACAGAUAUACAGACAGACAGAGAGACAAUCAGACAGACUUACAAGCAGAGAGAGAGAGAGAGAGAGAGAGAGAGAGAGAGAGAGAGAGAGAGAGCUUUCAUCUGUUUUAAAGGCGUUGCAAUAAAGCAAGAAACUCAAGCGUGUAUACAAACAUCGUAUAAAAAGAAAAAAAAAUGCAACACCACUCAGGAGCGACGAUGGGAAGGCGGGAGACGGAGAAGAAAGGAAAGAAAAAAGAAGAAAGAAAAAAAAAACUUUCGACUUGACUCUUUAAACUUGAAAACUUGAGGCGAAUCGAUGACUUAAGGAGAGGAAAACUCAACUUGGCCUUAAUCCCUGAAGCGGAGGACGAGAAUUGAAUAAAAAAAAGAAAAGAAAUAAAAGCAAGCAACUACACUAUUUCUCACGGAUACGCACUUGGCAACGUUGAUGGAGGGACAGGGACAGGGCGAGACGGUAACGUGACAGAGCGAGGCGGGGCGGGGCGUGUCCACAAGGCUCCGCGGGCACUACACACGGGGCGCAGCGCUAGGCUGGGGUGCCGCAAGGGGAGAUCAGAGUCACCAGGGCCACACCACCACCACCACCACCACUUCUGAGACAUUUGGUGUACUGUACCCAAGUCUUUCGGUCCUUUAAGACAUUCGGUACUCAGGUCAUUUAUUACGUACCCUCUCAGGCGUCUGGUACCCCCCAACCCCACGGGACGUAUACGACCGCGCGCGUAUAGCAGUACCCGUGAUGACCGCCAGGGCGUCUCCCUCCUGCAGCCGUAUGUCAGUCAGUCAGCCACCGCAGCGCCUCUCCACCGCUGGGUAUCCUCCCGUCCAGCCCCACACACAUAUCCGUGCAGUGUCCACCCACUAGGCACACACCUGAUGGGGAACUGCCUACGAGGAUCUUGUACUUAUUUAUUUAUUCAUUCAUUUAUUUAUUGUGGCGCAUUAUUUCUAACUACGAACGAGGAUUUGUCUUCUCUAUUUGUGUAUGAUUUUUUUUUUUUUUUCUUUUUUUAGUGCGUAUGAUUUUUUUUUUUUUUUUUUUUUUGAGUACAAUAAUUCGAUUUUUUUUUCUCCUCUUAAUUACAUUCGAUACUUUUUGUACUUCAUUGCUUACUGUGCUCUUUGAAUGUUUAGGCUACUCUUAUCUUUAAAUGCGAGUAAUGAUGUUUUGGUUGCCGUAAAUAAAUCGUUAACUUUUUACGAUACUUUAUUAUCAUUAUUAUUAUUUUUAUUGUUAUUAUUAUUUUUAUUAUUAUCAUUAUUAUCAUUAUUAUCAUCAUUAUUAUCAUUAUUAUUAUUGUUGUUGUCCCUAUUGUUAUUGUUCCUAUUGUUAUCAUCAUUACUCGUGUUGUUAUUAUCUUCGCCAUUCCUCAUUUUCGAGAGUGAAGUUUUAAAUCUCGUCAUCAAGUACGUUAGUUUGUGAAGUCAGCGUACAAUAGAUAGCUUGCACUUUUCGCUAAGCAGUCACCGUACGUACGUUCCAGUUGGGGUGUUUGUAUGCUACUGGAACCCACUUUAUACAAUCUAGCGUGGUGGGUGUGGCGGCGGCGGUGUGGCCCUCUGGCGGCAGAAAUUAGGGAACUGAUCGUGUUAUAUUAAUUCACUCAUUUACGACUCCAAGUAGAAACCGAAAGGAAAAGAAACAAGAUAAAUAACAAAAAUAAUUAAUGAUAACACAAGGCAGCCGACAACAGUAUAGCAUUUUUUUUUUUUUUCAUUUUAUUUAUUUCAUUUAGAAAAAAAAAAUAUGGAGGUGAAAUCCAUACAUAUAUAUUUAUUUUCCCCCUCUCGAAUAGGGUUAGUUUGUAAUGUAUAGAUGGCAAAAAAAAAAUACUACUACUUAUACUAAUACAAGUAGGUGAGUCAAGAAUUGCAAAGAUGUGUAGCGUUAGGUAAACAGCAGAGGCACCGUUCACCAAUAUGUGUAUAAUGUUAUUGUUAUUAUUAUUAACGCGAUUCAACUCAAUAUGGCAGACGUUGAUUCACUGAUGCGUCCCUUGAUAUCCGAAGUGGGUGUUUCCUUAUCACUCUUGGUUUCUGUAGUCAUUUUCAUGCAGGGACGCGAUAGGAAAUGUGUGUUCCCUGUCGAUGAUCUGUUUUGUUGUAAUUGUCAUUGCAUCUGUUCCGGAAAUUGAUGAAAGCGUGUGUAUUAUUGCUUGUUGUGUUUUUAGCAUCUGGCAUUGUGUGGUUCAGGUUUUGAUGGCUGAACUGGGAGAAAAGUUUGCUCGUUGCCGAAGAAGAAAAUGAUGAUAACGGAAUAUGUGAAAUUGAAAUCUGACUCAAAAUUUGACCAUUCAUAUAUUACGUCCAGUUUUCUUGCGUUUUAUUUAUUUAUUUUUUUUUUUCGUUUGUUUUGCUACAAGAGAAAAAUUUUAAACUAAAGAUAGUUUAUGAAUACAUUAUGUGCAUUUUUUCCUAUUUUGUGUGAUUUUCCGCCACAAAGAAAAAGAAAAAAAAAAAAACAAGAGUACUAAAACUUGAAAAGAGAAAAACAUAUAUAUACACAAACGUCUUACGAUGUAUUUUUGAACACACAUAUAUUUUUGGCUGGCGUGGAUUUGGUAAUAAAAAAAAAUGCUUUUGAUCAGCAGUGUUCCAACUCCAACAAUAAAUUCUUUCCUUCUUUCUUUUCCUUUACGAAACGAGAAAAAAAAUAUCUCCUUUCAUUCCUUCAGCUCUUAAUUCCUCAUCCCUCCCUCCUUCCUUUGCACCUUAACACCUGUAAUGAUAAUCUGUCUUUACCUGCCAUACUUUUGCCCUAAAUCCUCUCCUGUAUCCAAAAACACACCCCUAUGAACCCAACCUCCCCAACCUCACCACCCCGUGUCGACAAAACUGGUGCUUUGCUUAGGAAAAAAACUAAAUAACGCAUAGAUUUUGUGUCUCAAGGACUAAUUCGUCAGCAUCUUUGGAGCGGUUCAGUCUUCUUUCAAUCACUAAAUCGAUCCGUUCAAUUUUUCUGCUCGUAUUGUUAAGAGAGAGGAGUUGUGUGUGUACAUAUUGCGGAGUUCCAUUCAGCGUUGUUAGCAGAGUUGUGGUUUUAAAAGCGUCAAUUAAAUAAGGUCUUUAUGAGUACUUUUCUCCUUUUUUUUCUUGCUCUCUCUUUUUUUUUUCAAGGCAUUCAACUUACACAGCCAAAGUUAAAGUUAUAAGUAAUAAUAAUGAUGAUCAUAAUAAUAGUAAAAUUUUACCUAGAAACACGGGGUCUCAUUUUUUAUUUUCACUUGUUUUUUUUUUUUUUUUAUAUAUAUAAUUUUUAUUAUUUUGUAUCUGGAAAGCGUGUACAUGCGUAUAGUAUAUAUAGAUUGUAUUUUUCAGAGUUAUACAAAUUGUUGAACUAUUUAAAUUGCUUCCUAUUGUAAAGAUGUAAAAAAAAAAAGAAUUAAUGCUAUUAUAAUAUAUAUGUACUACGUUAUCAAUACUUAGGCUAAAACAAAAUAAGCCUGUCGUUUUUAUGGGCGCAAGAGAGUCGAUAAUAAUAAUGAUAAUAAUAAUAAUAAUAAUAAUAAUAAUAAUAAUAAUAAUAAUGAUAAUAAUAACAAUAAAUAUACUAAUAUCUUACUCUCUCAAAUUAUCUUGUUAUCAUGGUCAUAUGAUUAAUAAUAUUAUUAUUAUUAUUAUUAUUAUUAUUAUUAUUAUUAUUAUUAUUAUUAUUAUUGUUUUAUCUGGCUAAUGUCAUUUAUCAGUCUUGUACAUUUUAUUAAGAUUUUUCCUUUCAUUUGUUGUUUUACAUUGAAAUUUUAUUGUUAUUAUUAUUAUUAUUAUUAUUAUUAUUAUUAUUAUUAUUAUUAUUAUUAUUAUUAUUAUUAUUACUACUACUACUACUACUACUACUACUACUACUACUACUACUACUACUACUACUACUACUACUACUACUAUUAUUAUUAUUACAACCAAUUGACUUUUCACUGAUGUUACGAUUUUUGAAGAUUGAAAGAUAUCGAAAAUAAUGACUACUAUUGGUAUCAAUAUUAUUAUUAUUAAUAUUAUUACUAUUAUUAAUAUUAUUAUUAUUAUUAUUAUUAUUAUUAUUAUUAUUAUUAUUAUUGUUAUUGUUGGCGGUCGUGCAAAUUAAUUAUAUGCCUGGUUGUUUGUUAGUUUGUUUGCUUGUUCGUUUGUUUGUGUGAAAGGGAAGAGGGAGGGAUUCCAUGUGUAAUUAAUAAUGAUUGAUUAAUUAUAGUCUGUGUCGCUGAAUCACAGAUGCACACACACACACACACACACACACACACACACACACACACACACACACACACACACACACACACGUGAUUAUAAGAAUGAUUAUGCAACGCAACAAUUGUACUUUAACUGUUUUCCAUUAUCAUUAUUGUCAUUAUCAUUAACACUUUUGGAAGUCGGUCAUUAUUAUUAUCGUCCGCCUGAGGUGUGAGUGUAGCUGCGUACGAUACCUUCCUCCACUCGGCGCUAAAGGAAAACUAUCGUACGUUUCCCGUGGGCUCUUUAACGCCGAGUACAAAAUAAUUCUAACCAAUGCCAAAACUCAUAUGCCAAAUUUCACCUUUUUUCCUCUCAUUUUUCGCCCGUGUAGUAACUUUUAAAAAAACAGCGUACCAUCAAGAAAAUGAACAACUACAACUAAUACCAUUUUGUGAAUAGUAAAAGUUUUAAUAGCAAGGAUGGUCAAAUGAGUAUCUUUCUUGCCCCACUAGCAAGCGGCUGGGUAAUAGUAACACAAUAGCUAUUUUUCCUACUUAGUUAUGCGUAUAGCAGCAGAGCGCGAGAGGGAGACAGAGAGAGUUUCCUAGACUUUUUUUUUUCCAUUGUUUAGUUUUUAAGGAAUAUGCAUGUCGGGUUUUGAAGAAGUGAUGGAAUUUAAGGAACAAAAACCCCCCUUAUGGUGUAGAUACUUUAGAUAACAUCAGGGAAUAUGUUAGUUUGGAUAAGGGACAGUAAUGAUAAGGUUAUAAAUGAUAUUUUCGAAGCACAAGGGAGGCAUAAUAGCCGUGUGUAGGCCUAGGGAUAGGCAGACAGACAAACAGACAGAAGACAGUCUUGGUCAGACCGCCUAGUUCCUCUGGUUUAGCUAAUGGUUUUCGAUGCUUUGUAUAUAUAUUGCCAAUAGCCUUUUAUUAUAAUUAUGACUUGUUAAUUUUUUUUAAUAUAUUAUUCUAAAUCGCUCUCAUCCAUAAGCGUAAGCCAUAUAAAAGUGUUUAAAAUUCUGAAAAAAAAUAAAUAAAAAAAUAUAUAUAUGAACAUCGUGUGGAGAGUUCUAUGUCUCGCAUUUGAAGGUUUCGAUCCCAUAUUGUGACGUCACGUUCGUAAAUAUCGUACGUUCGUUCGACUCAAACGUACACUACCCUUAACCUCCACCCAACUUCCCCCAACAGCGCCAAAACUUUUUUAAAACAAUACCGUUCUUCCCCCCCCCCCAGCCAAAACUUUUUUAAGAACCAUAUAGAUCUUCCCGUCAUGUCUUCUCGCCCAUGCAGUUUGUAUAAUGGGGUGAAAAAAAAAGGUCUCAAUGAUAUCAUCAAUUAUUUUAUAUUUUUCUAUAAUAUAUAAGUGAUAUUUAUGUAUGCAUGUUUUCUAUCUAGGUUGUGAGUGAAUAUUAUAUUGCUACAUUAUUAUAUCCCUCCCUGUACCUCUCCUCUUCCUCCUCUUCCCAUCAUUUUCCCUUCUUUACACCUCAUCCUUCCCUUACUUCGUUCCCAUCUUCCUUCCUUAUCCCCCUUCCUCCCUCCUCAUCCUUCUAUUUAGAUUGGAAGAGGAGGAGGAAGAGGAGAAAGAAAAAGCGAAACUCCAUCCAUAUCUUCAUCUCCCGUCAUCUCCUCCUCUUCCUCCUCUUCUUUUCCCUCCUCCUCUUACCCCAAUUGUGAUACACUCCCUCUUAAACCCUUACCUUUCCCCCCUCCUUCCUAGCCCACCCUCACCCACCCCACACCCAUUUUGUAAAACGUUUUGUAUAUUUGAGUUGCUGUACUGUAAUGUAAUACUGAACGCACACACAGAGAGUACAAUACUCGACUGACCGCCUCCUUCAGCCUGGGGAUGGUAUAAAUAAAAGGGGAAAUAAAAUAAAAUGGAUAAAUGAUGAAAAAAAAGUAAUAAUAAUAAAUAGAUACACGGUUUUUUUUAUGCCCUUUUAUUUUUACUUUUUUUUUUUUUUUCCUUGUGUCUAAUGGCGAGGCAGUUGAUCUUCGUGCUGUUGAUGAUAAUGAUGAGUGCACGACACGGUUCGUCGUCACGGGAUCUCUCACUAUAAAGCCGUCUCUUGGGGCAUCGACAGUUGGCACCCGCGCUCGUGUUUACGUGGCGAGAGAGAGAGAGAGAGAGAGAGUGAUGGGAUUGGCUUUCUCUCUGUCUUCCUGCAGCAGUUACCCUACCAAAACUACUACUACUACUACUACUACUACUACUACUAUUGUUUAUGCCAUGUAUGUGUUUAUUGAUUGUAUUCCAUUUCUUCCUGUGAUAACGAAUCUAUUCAGAAACCAGAUGAAGUGAUGUUAUUAUUAGUGUGGUGGCAUUUUGUAACACUGCAAAUUAUUAUUAUUAUUAUUAUUAUUAUUAUUAUUAUUAUUGUUAUUAUUAUUAUUAUUAUUAUUAUUAUUAUUAUUGUUGUUGUUGUUAUUAUUGUUACUACUACUACUACUAUCACUUGCCUCCACUCCCUAACUCGAAGUAAAGACAUGCAGGUACUCACAGGUGUACAGGCAGCGCGGGUGUUCUGUCGAUGCUAGACGGCCGCCGAGGUCCUUUUGUUGUUACACGUGGCACAGAGUCUAUGAAUUGUUACUACUCCUACAAGCUUUAUCGACCUAUUGACUGUUGAGAGGUGACCACUCCUGCCGGGGCGCGCCGGGGCCGGGCCGUGAUCCCUGCCUCCUACUGCCCGGUGUUGCAAGCCCUGCGCGGAGAGGUAGAGACAGAGACAGAGAGGUAGGCCAGUCACCCCCCAGUCCAGAGCUACGUAAAAAUGCAGAUAGACACAAAUUUAAAACUACCUGAGAAAAAGAUAAGCUUCAAGGCAAGUUUAGUGUGUUUAGUUGAUGCCAAACAGGAGUGUAAGCUGUAGUGGGCGUGUGUGUAGGCGUGUAGUGGCUGGGCGUGGGGUGCUGGCGCGUCUCUCCCGGGGUGUGUGGCAGGCAGCGUCCCGGCGCGCACACACACACACACCCUCCGUUUCGUAGGUUCAGCAGGGACUUGUUCCAAAUCGCUAGAAUGGUAUAUAAAAACCCCAAACGUUUUUAUGUUGUUUAAGAGUUCAUGAAUAAUAAACAAGAAUCUAAUUGUAAAAUACAAACAUUUAUAGUAGUAAAAACAAUGAUAAAAACACCUAAAGAACGGGAGAUUUAAAAAUGGGAGGUUAUGCUUUUUUAAGAAAAUUAUACAACGAAUGCACUUUGAAGUUAGGCAUCGCACAAGAUUUUAAACUUAGUUUCUUGUCUUGUAAACACACAAAAGAUAAUUAUUAAACAGCUGUCCAAGGUUUCUUCACCUCUCAAAGGGAAUUCAGGGCGCUGCUUCUACACCUCAUCCUUCGAUCCCUCACAGAGUGUCAUAUCAAGCGAAGAAUUGAGCCAAAAGUAUCGAGAGCAAGACCUUGAACUCCCUUUGUCAGGGCGAGGUGAGCCUUGGCCGGGUGAGGGGCCGCGUGCGUCUUCGCUGACCCCAAAUAUGUUCUUCUCUUUCUUGUCCUGCCAGAGGCGUCUCGUGUCCUCAAGUCUGUCCGACCAGAGAUAUUUUUGUGAACGUCCUAUUAACCUCAGACACACAAGCACACACUCACACACAAGCCCAUUCACACUAAGGAGGCGAGGAAGGGAUGUCUCGUGUAUGUCAGGUAACGUGGUCUGUGUAAAAUGGACUGAUGUUGCGAACUGUGUACAGAUGAUUCAGGGACAGCAGGAAUAAUAGAUCAGGCAUAUAGGAAAAGGUUUGUCUUGACUCCCUCCCGUUUUCUAGUGUGUGUGUGUGUGUGUGUGCGUGUGUGUGGGGUGCCUCCAAUCACGGCUGCAAUUGGGCGCGUGGCACGCAGCCCUCGUUCCCGCAAGACGGUCUGUCUGGGUGGCUGUAUGAUGUGCCGCGCCGCAGCCUCUGCUUUCACUCACUGCAAAGACAUGUGUUAUUACUCUGAAUUGACAUUGCGUUUCCUGGUUCCGUCACGUUGGCCAAGACCGGUUUGUUUGUAUACUGUACACCACCACCACCGUCUCGACCAUUGUGUUCAGCGAUGAUUUUGAACGUUGUCCCCACCCCAACCCCCCACAUAGUGUGUUUGUCAGCCGUGCUCAAGUCAGACUUCUCUACAUUUCCCUAAUACAAUGUGAUUACUUUUUUUUCUAUAUGACCAAUAUGAAUAAGUUUUAAUAAACAACAGUAAUAAAAAUGUGGGUUGUGCAGCCCUUAGACUA